AUGUUUAGAAACCGAACAAUAUUGGCAUACCUACGCUACAAUAAUAUACCAACUGGAGUGGUCAAAGGCAUAAGCCACGUAUUAAACGGUGAUGCAUCUGAAACAGCGUUUCCAAAGCAAAUAGGAUACUUGGAAAACAUUGAUGAAGAUAACGACGAAGGCUUUGAAGAUGAAGAUGAAAAUGAAAUUGCGCGGCGGCAAGAACAAGAACAGCUAGAAACCAAAAAACUUGCACAAGUACUCGAAAAAAAAUGGACAUCAGUCGUUCGGUUACAACGAAAAGUACUUGAUUUAGAAUCUCAAGUAGCCAAUCUUUCACAGGAGCUUGAAAACAUGCCAGUUCUGGCUGCUGGUCGACGUGGAGCUAGUGGUCGUGGAGCCAAUGGCCUUGGUAGUGCAGUCGACCCUGUUUCCUGGUUACCGCGUGCACCUGCAAAGUUUUCCCUCUCAGGGCAUCGCCAACCCAUCACAUCUGUUGCAUUCCAUGCUGUGUACUCAGUGUUGGCAUCUGCUUCUGAAGACGGAACCAUUAAAAUCUGGGACUGGGAACUUGGCGAGUUGGAACGUACAAUUAAGGGUCACACCAAAGCUGUUCUAGAUGUAGAUUUUGGCGGCAGAGAGGCUAGUAGCGAUGGAAAUGGAACCAGUUCUACAAGUGGAUAUCUAUUAGCUUCGUGCUCAUCAGACUUGACAAUCAAGCUGUGGGAUCCAGAAAAUGAUUAUGCCAACAUUCGUACACUGACGGGUCAUGAACAUACAAUUUCUUCAGUACGAUUUACACCAUCUGGUGCACAUUUAGUUUCAGCAUCCCGAGAUCAAACAGUCCGCAUAUGGGAAGUCAAAACUGGGUUUUCCGUACGGACUAUCAAGGCACAUACAGCUUGGGUUAAGUGUGUGAUACCUACAUGGGACUCGCAGUACGUGAUUUCCGGUGGCAUUGACCAAACUGCCCGUAUUUCGAGCAUUGUUACUGGUGAAACUAAGCUGACUUUAACAGGCCAUGAGCACGUUGUAGAAUGCGCUGCUUUUGCACCUGUGACGGCACAUGCCCACCUUGCUGCACUGGAAGGUGUCCGAGCUCCAGUUGCUUCAGCCUUAUCACCUUCUUUUGAGUAUGCCGCUACUGGUUCUCGUGAUAAGACUAUUCGUUUAUGGAACACUCGUGGAGAACUGAUUGCUACGCUGCGCGGACACGACAAUUGGGUACGUGGCCUUGCGUUCCACCCUGGCGGCCGGUACUUACUUUCAGUUUCGGACGAUCGUUCUAUUCGAUGCUGGGACUUGACUCAGAAGGGUCGCUGUGCUAAAGUACUUUCCGACGCUCAUCAUCACUUCAUUUCAUGCAUUAGAUGGGCUCCUCCCAUUUCAUCAGCCAACGAUUCCAUCGAAACCGCUGCUGGCGGAACACAACAGUACUCGCCUACAAGGACGCGAACCUCUCCAUCAAAGCUGUCACUAGGCAAACCGCGAAUUGCUGGUUCAUCUUCUGGAUCAGUUAUGGGAGGAAUCUCACGUGCACUAAGCAGACACAAUACACCUGCACAGCGCUCUACAAGUGGCAGCGGGACCUCUGGAAUACUGGGUUCGGGCGGUUCACGACGCGUAUUUUCUAACGGCAACGGUGGUUUACGUGAUAUUUACGGCACUCCAACUGUUCCAGCUGUUUCAAACACAUCAGCUGGCGCUUCAGCAACUGAGGGUUCUGCUACAAGUGAAGAUACAGCAACAUCUGAUACAAGUAGCUCAAAUUUAUCGGCUGCAAGUUUGCGUGGAAUGCGUUGUGUGAUUGCCACUGGCUCUGUGGAUCUGGAUAUUAAAAUUUGGAUGUAA